GUUAUUCCUCCCCCAACGACGGUGGUGUCAGGCGCUGGUUCUCCUCGUGAUCUCUCUUCGUGGUCGGCAGAAGAGAGGAGAUACUCGCAGUGGCAUCACCCUUAAUUACCUCUCAUUAACGAGAUGCUGAGGCUAAUGACCCCCCACGCUUUCCUCCUCGGUCUCGCGGUCUUCCUGGUGGGCGUGAGUGGGCUUCUGGAUGAGGGCGUGGGCGUGUGGGCGGGGAAGAGCGGCGUCGGAGAAGGGGCACUGAGAAAGGGGCGUGUCAGGAGGGUGGAGCCUAAGUUUGUGACGCCUCAUAAGCCUGAAAACCGCCGCCGACAUGACUGGAACAUGUUCGACGAGGAAGGGGAAUCCCCGACGCGUAGAAAACGAGCACCGAAGAAAACGAGAAGAAUGGCUGCCGAGGAAAAAUACAAAUUCGAAAUGGAAAAGCGAAAGAAGAUGGACAGGCGCAAGAGGAAUGCGAGAAGAACAGAAAAUGAGGGAGAAUGGAUAGGUGAAGGAGAGAGAAGGAGAAUGAGGAAAGUGAGAAGAACAGAAAAUGAAGGAGAAUGGAUGGGCGAAGGAGAGAGAAGGAGAAUGAGGAAAGUGAGAAGAGCAGAAGAUGAAGACGAACGGAGGGGUAAAGGAGAGAGAAAGAGAAUGAGAGGAGGAAAGGAGGGAGAAUCGAAGAAUGCAGGAGAGAAAAGGGGACGCAACGAAGAGAAUAGAGCAAAAAAGAGAGGAGGAGGAGGAGGAGGAGGAGGAGGACAAAGAGGAAAGAAACAAGAAGGAACGGUAAUAAAUAAUGGAAAGCGAGUAUCAGGUAAAGUAAAAUACGGCAGAAAGAAGGGAGAAAAAAUGAAGAAGAAGACAGAAGAAGCGAAUAAAGAGAGAAAGAAAGAAGUCAAAAAGAUGACAAAGAAGGUAGAUGACGCCAUGCGAAGGAAAGUCGCGACGAAAGACAAAGAUGAGAAGAAUAAGAAUAAGAAUAAGAAAGAGAAAGGAAGUAGAGAGGAAACGUAUGUUUUGGGAGAAGUUACAACGAAGUUUAGCUCGGGCUCAAAAGGAAAGUGCAUUGCAACGGGCGCAGUUCUCGGAAAAGAUUCGGUGGUGCUGUACACGACCAAUCAGAAAAAGAAGAGCAAGUGUAAAAUAAAGAUUAGGGGCAAGAAGGGCACAAAACUGACGAUGCAGUGCAGUCGUUUUUCACUCGAGGACAGCGGUUGCAACGCCGAGAUGUUGCAAGUGGUCGACAAGGGAAGCAAAGAAACAACCAAAUUCUGCCAAGUCGACAACCCGGGCAACACGUUUUCCUUGUCAACCAAAAACCAAAUUCAACUCAAAUACAACAAGAAGAAAUUCAGGAAGAAGGACAAGGAAAUCAGUUUGGGUUUCGUGUGCAAAGUGGCCGUCGAAGGUUCGACCCAAGCUGACCUCCUUCUGGGAAAUGAGGCCGACUGUGGGAAAACCUUUGACUUGGAGGUCGGCCAGUCAGCUGUGGUUGCGUCGACGGCCUCGGGAGGGAGCUGUUCCAUCGAUAUUAAUGGCAAGUCCGGAUCUGUUCUCAGCAUUGAAUGUCCUUACCUGAAUUUCAAAAGGAAAUGCAGAGCUGAGGAUCUUUUCGUCGAAGAUAUGAACGAUUAUGAGAGCUUUAGACUGUGCAAAGGCUCCACUGAUCUGCCGUUCACCGUUACGACGUCCAGGAUGAAGUUAACUUACAAUAGGGACAAGGCUACGCAGUGGGGAGACUUCGUUUGCCGGAUUACAGCUGUUGGUACCCAGGAAACAAGUGCAGGUUCAUCGGACACAAAAUUUCCCACACCUGCUACAACACCUGCUCUGACGCCCGUCGGCUUCCCUUGA